UGCGUUUGCGUGCAUGCUUUUGGCUUGUGCUUUUGCCUGUCAUUUCCUGUUCAAGGUCGUUUGCUUUAGCACAGAAAAUACUGAAAGGGGAAAUAUUUUCUGUUUUGUUUUGGUUGGACAGUUAGCAAAAGUUUGGGUUCUGUUUUGGGGUAAACAGCUAGGUAACCCUUCCCCCUCCUCUCUCCAUUCCCCCCCCUCCUGCUAACCACUCCCAUGAGCUAGUGUUGUCUAACUUUGCUACCAAGAAACAGUAUUCAUAACUCCAGCGAAAGUCUGGAAUCUGGAUUUGGUUACCGGCCACUGUUUGCAUGAAGAAUUGCAACCAACUGCAAACUGCUUCUGGAAGACAAAUCCUGCAUUAAAGAGACAACACCUUCUUCUCUCACCGUCUCUUGAAAGUCUUCUGAAGAACCCUAGCAUGUCCCUGCUGCGGUUUCUAGUCACGGGCUUGAUCCUUUGUGUAUCUGAUGAAACAAAACAAGAAGAAAGCUCCAAGCUUGCCAUUGAGGAGACUCAGGGAAAGCUGAAUUUACUGUGGCUGGCUAUCCUCUACCCAAAUAUCUACGGGCACUUGUACGAAGGCAACUGGACCUAUGCCGCUUGUGAAUUGAAGCCCAGUACCAACCUAGAAGCUGGCAAACCACAGGUGACAGGGAGAGUUCUGUUCAAGCAAAUUCACCCACAUGGAAAACUGAAGGCCAUAUUCUACCUGGAUGGGUUUCCCGAGGACGCCAACCAAACUGGUAGAGCUAUCCACAUCCAUGAACUGGGAGACCUCAGCAACGGCUGUGAUUCUGUCAGCGGCCACUACAAUCCUUUCAAAGUCCGUCACCCCAACCAUCCGGGGGACUUUGGAAACUUCUAUCCUAAAGAUGGCAAGAUCAGAACAUUGAUGGUCAACCUCCAACCGUCUCUUUUUGGCCCCCAAGCUGUUCUAGGAAGAUCUGUCGUGAUCCACGAGAAUGCAGACGAUAUGGGGAAAGGAAAAAACACAGGCAGUUUAGAACAUGGAAAUGCUGGCAAACGCUUGGCUUGCUGCGUCAUUGGAUACUGCACAAAAGAAUUGUGGCUGAAGGCCUACGAGGAGCUUCUUAAGCUCAGAGACUGAGCACACAACAGCCAGGCCGAGGUGAAGACCAGUCAGCAGUUUCACACUUGCCACACUGGCUACUAAAUAAUGGGGAAUAUUUCUGGGGUCCUUGGGGAAAAAUAUUAAUAUACACCUUUCUGCUCUGCCAUAGCCUUCCAUUCUGUAAGCAGGGUAGUCAAAGCAGCAGCAUUUUCUUCAAAAGUUCAUAUCCAGGGGUUUGGGGUUUUUUGGCUUAAAAGUUUAGCGUCGCAGGGGUGAGAAAUGCAUAUUUUGCUACAGAGAUCUUGAACAGCCCUGUUUAUUUUGCAUCCUAUCUUUUGAAAACCAUCUCAAGAACAAGAAAGCUGGAGGAACAAAAAGGUACAAAAAUAAAAAGGCUUCCAACUA